AUGGCGGCGGCGCUGAAGUUCUUUGCUCUCCGCCGCCGAAAUUUACGCAAGUGUGUUGAAUGUUGCCGCCAGCGGUGUGCGGAACUUGUGAGCGCAUGCCUAAAGCUGCAGCCACGCUUCGCCGGUGACAGCUGCGAGGGGCAUCUCCCCCAAGCCAGCGUGCUCCCGGUUCUGAUGUGUUAUCGAUUGGCCUCAGCAGGCGCCGCUCUCAGAAGCGUCAGCCUCGGCGACGCAAGUGCAUUUCGGGCAACUGCGCCGCGCGCACACUCGUCAGCUGUGUGAGGCCGGCAUAAACAAAUGCCGCUCGUAUGCAGGUAACAGGGGCCCAUCUCCCGCAGCAUUAGACUCAUGUGCUUUUACAACAUGCGGUGUGUUUGCGCAGUGCUUCAUGUGUGAUUCGCAGUCAAGCAAACAGUCAUGGCGAUUGGGACCGAAGCAGCUGCCGGCUACGGUGCAGAGCCUUCGAGACUGAAUGUUGAUGGGGAUGGCGUACGCGAUGCUUCCUUGCCCGAGAAAGAACUCCAUCAGUGUCCCAAGUGCAAAAAGGCAUUUGCACAUGGACAGAUUCUGCAGCUGCAUAUCAGAGUCCAUGAGGGAGGUGGGCAGAAAACUGAGGACUGUACACAGGUAGUGACUGCUGUACAUGAGCCAGGCCAGAGCAGUUCCUCUGCAGCAGAAUCUCACCCCAUGCAGCAGCAGCAACAGCAGCAGCAGCUGGGCCUUCCUCAGAAGAAGCCUGUUGGACUUACAAAAAUACGACUUGAAGAUUGUCUACGAUGUGAUGCUUGCUCCUGCAUAUACAUAGAUAAAAGUGAUUACAAUAAACAUAUGAGAAAUUUUCAUCAGAAAGUUACAUCAAAGAAACAGAAAAUAAAAAAGGAGUGCAAGUCAUGUUGUCGACAUUGUAACUGUAAAGGAAAUCAUAAACAUCACAGUGUUGAGAAAGAAAGGAGUAACAACAAUCUCUUUCAUUACAAUAUUAAGGAUCGAUGGAGCAAAAUGGUCUCACAAAGAAUAAAUAUCAAAGAGGUAAAGCAGAAAAUCAAACAAGAACCACACUGUGAACCAGAAGCUGUGGACUACAGUCAUCUUUUAAGUCAAGUGGAAGUUAAGAUCAAAACAGAACCAUCUGAAGAGGACUACAAUAUGAGCAAUGGAAUUUUAAGCUGAUUAUAUAUGUGACCAAAGACAGUUUUGCAGAGCAUCAGUUCAUUUGUUUAUUUAUUUAUUUAUUGCAUAGAUGUACUUCUGCUACUAUUCUAGUCAUUAUAAAAUCAGAGAUUUA